GCUUGUGCAAUUGGCCAAAGCUCUUGACUUUGUCAGCAUUUUGGUGAGGUCUUUUACGACAGUCAAGUGUUGGCGGUCGUGCAAUAAAGUCGUGCAAAAUCAUCGCCUUUAGUUUUUUGUGUUUGUUUGUGUUGUGUCUCCAGAUUUAUUAUCAAACUAACAGUUGUUUGCAAUGUUUGAGAAAUCAAAUACCGAUAUUUUUUGUUUGAUUUAAAUUAAUGGCUUACAUUUUAUGAUUAAAAUUUUAUUGCAUCCAUGUUUAUGGACAACUAAGGAGAGAAACAGUGAAUUAUUUUACAUGUUGUAUAACACAAGAUAAAAUCUAUGCAUCUUUGAUGUUGAGUGAAUUUUAAUAAGAAAUCUCCAUUAAUUCGUGAUUUAAGAAAUUUUGUUAUUCAAAAAAAGGAAUAUUAAGCAAUACAAAUAAUAUAAAAAAAUAAGAAAACUCAAACUGGAAUUAAAAACAUAACUUCUGUGUUCCACAAUUCUAUUGGAUUAUAUUUGUCUUUUUUUUAAAGAACACAAAAUAAGAAACAACAGUGAUCACAGCAACAUAAAUUAUAAGAUCAUUAUUUGCUGGCCAAUGCAAAAUCUUUAACAAUUGGAUAUUAUGCACCAUUAUAUAAAUUAAGAUAUAUGAGCAAGCCAGCCAGCCAGCCAACUAACAACUACUAUUCAGCCAAUGGAAGUCUAAUUUUGGAUUAAACUUGAACUUUAUUUGGUGAAAUUUCACACAUUGUCUUGAGAAAGUCAUUGCUAGAAUUUCACCCAAUUCAAUGUACGGAUAGAUUGCUUCAAUCGCCUACAGGAACGGCUUUUCCAGACAAUUUUAACCUUCGCCGAAGACAUCCAAGAUAAUUCUACAAUUAUGGCGACCACCAUAGGCCCGGCUAUCAAAUCGCCACCGCAACCUGCAAUAACAUCAAACCGCCCACAUCAGUCACAAGCCUCACCCACAUCAGCUAAUAAACGCGGGCACAUACGCUCAGCCUCUUUGGAAAAUGCCAAUGCGUUAAUGUCGAAAAAUACCUUGGGCUUACCGAUGGUGCAGCCAGGCCAUAGUGGAACUCUCAAAUCACGCAAUGAGCAGAAACGCAUGCGCAACAAAUUUGGCAGUCACAGUAAUUUGGAUGAUUUUGUGCAACAGGGUCGUAACAAAUUCAACAAUAUAAGACAAAUAUUUGAAAUUACCAAGGGCAACAAUAAAAGCAACAAAAAUGCCAGCAACGCAUCCAUGGAUGAUAGCCAUGAGCAUCAAUUGCAAUCAUUGCCACCAAUGAUGACAACAUCGCUAACCUGUGCCUCAUCCAACUCUUCCUCAAACCUUUCGAGCAUCUCUUCUGCAUCAAUGGGGCAGCAGAAAUACUCGCCUUUACUGCCGAUGACUAAGCGUUCAACGCCUUCAUAUCAACAGCCAACUGCAAGAAAGCCACCUUUGGCCCCACCCAGUAUGUCGGUAGCCACGCCCCCAUUAAACGGAUGCGGAAGUGGCACUCGUAACAGUAUUACGGAUAUAAGUGAACGUUUGAAUAUGAACGAACAGUUGGAAACAACAGCCAGUAAAAAUAGAACACCCCAACCCCAACCACAAUCGCAACAACAUAUACAACAUCAUCAUCAGCAGCAAAGACAACAUUUGCAAUCGCAACAACAACAACAACAGCGUAUGCAAACUCAUGCCGUCUUAGUACACAACACUCAUAUGCAGCAGCAACAGCAGCACCAUCCUCAGCUCCAGCAACAUCCACAACCACAGCGUAGUGCAAGUGACUUGCCUCAAAUACAAUCGAUCGAUGAAAACCACGAGCAACAGACAACAAAUCUUUUACGCCCGAUUGCUUUUAAGCCGAUCCCUUUUGAGCCGGACUACACCAUUCCCAGCCGUUAUUGUGAUGUCGUAAGCUCUGCCCAGGCGGCAACGGCUUCAGCGAACAGCAGCAACAUGGGCGGCUCUUCCAUUAGCGGCAGCAGCAACAUCAGCAAUGGCAGUAAUCAUGUCAUCAGUACUACUCAUGCCCACAACAUGAUAGUGGGCGAUCGUUAUGGUUCUACUCCAUCAUUGGCUGCUGUACAGGGAUCCAACAUGAGAUUUGGCAGCACCACUGACUUGAGGCAUGGAGGUGGUGGUGUGGGACUAAUGGGCGCAGGCGCAGUGAACGCUGGAGUGGGCUUUGUUAAUGGAAGUGGCGGUGGCGGCAGUGGAGGAGGUGUUGGUUACUCAAGCAAUAAUUAUUGCAAUAGCCUGAUGGCACGUCGACGUGGUUCCAGAUCGUUGAAAAUCAACGAUAGCAUGGAAUCCAUUCGACACACGCCGGACUCAGAUAUCAACAGCCAAACGGGCACCAUAAAAUCCACUGAUAGUGGCAGUGGCCUCAAUGUGGCCAUGAGCAGCAACAGCAUCCCAAUGGCCAGUAGCAGUUGCAGCAGUACCAGUAGCAAUGGCAUCAACAAGUACUGCAUGUCUUCCAGUGACCAAUGCGAUAUGACGCCCUCACCCUCGGAUUCGGGAAUUUCUGACUUGGAGGCCGCCUUAAAGGAUCGCGACUCGGAACUGUCGUAUUUGCGCCAAACCAUGGAACACAAUGAGAAAGUAAUUUUCAAAGUACAAAAGGAUAAGGAAUCGUAUUGGGAAAAUGAAACGAAACGUCUUAAACUGUAUUAUGAGGCCCAACAGCGUGAAUAUAUGCUCAAAAUAAAGAAAAUGGAACAAAUGGUGGCCAUGCAACAAUUCCAAUUCAAGCAGCACAAACUGAGGCAUAAUGAACAGACCCAAAAAUUGAGGGAACAAUUGGCCGAAUUGAAAAGCGAAUACGAGAUGUUAAAAUCCAAUAACAUAAGCAUAAAAAACUCUGAAAGAAAUCUGAAGGAUCGUUCGGCAUACAUAGAAGAACAAUUUGAGGAAAGCCAAAAUACUAUAGGCCGUCUUAAGGCCCAGUUGGAGGAGAGCGAAUGGAAAGUAUGUGAGAAAAACGGAGAAUUAGCUUUAUUGAAAACACAGCUCAAAGAGGCAACAAAUGAAUUAACCCUUAAGGAACAUGCUAUAGUCCACUUGAAACAUGAAAAUACCAAUGCCGAAUCACAAAUCUACCAAAGUUUACAGGAGAAUCAGAAGAUGACACAACAACAAUUGCAGGAGGAACAACAAAAGGCUCAGUCUCAAAAGGAGACCCAAACGGAGUUGAAACAGCUUAAUAAGAUCAUAAUACUCAAGGAUCAAGUCAUAUUGGCCUUGACCAAUGAGUUGGCCAAAUUGCGCAAAGAACUCUCCGAUUUGGCCAUAUUCCAUGAGUAUGGCGAAGAACCUUCAGGCAAAUACACACGACUGAAACAACAACUCGACAACUUAACCGACAUUUGCAACAAGACCCGUAAACAUACUCAGCAGCGCAUUGACAAUCACAAGAGCAGCGAAGAGAAACAGGACUUGGCCGAAAAGGUCAUUGAUGACUCGAACUUAGAAGUCAUUAUGAAUUGCCUAAAGAUAUCUCCACCCCUCGACGAAAGUGAUAGUCAUGAGCGUGAGCUUAACAAGCUCAAUUGUGAAUUGCGACUGGCCAAAAUGUCGGCUGAUAUACAAAAUUUUGUCUACGGCUCACAAAAUCUGCCCGAUGUGGCCAUCAACAUCCAUAAAUCCCUAUCGAAAUUACCAAACUGUCCUCUAGAGGAGUCCACUUUGGAUACUCUAAUCGAGGAAUCGGCCAGUUAUGCUGAGGAAAUAGCCAAGUUGCGCAAACAGCUCGAUGAUGUGCGUGUGAAUUUCGAAUUGGAGAAACGCCAAUGGUCAACGGAGAAGGAAAAGGUUCUACAAUACCAGAAACAAUUGCAGACCCAUUAUAUUAGCAUGUAUCAAAAGCUAAGGAAUCUAGAGAAAUCAAACGAAGUUUGAGGCGAAGCGAGUGAGGGAGCUCAUUUGUAUCCCCUUUGUUGUUUUCAAGUAGUUAAAUAUCCUUCAAGAAAAAAAAAGAAAAAUUUUAUCUUAAGAUUAUCAUUGUUAAGUUUUAAACCCAUGAGCAUUGCUUUCUCUGCGCCCAUUUCUAUGUCCAUUUCAAAGCCUAUUCCUUAAAUGAUUUAUUUAUAUUUAUUCACAUUAGCAACAACAAAUACCCAAAAUCUUUAUUAGAAACUAUUCAAAAUGAUAUUUAUUCACAACUUACACAUAAACCCAAAAUAUUCCAAAUAUUUGCCAAGGCUCGCCAACCUAGUCCAUAAGCGCAAUGGGCAAAUCAAAGGUUUAAAUCACAUUGCCGUUAGAACAUUUUCAUCUGUUGGUAGUUUGCAAAUUGCCUCAUGGAUUGAUUGGCUCCUUUUUAAGCAUUUUACCCUAAAUUUAAGACAAAUCUAUGUUGUGUGAAACUUUAAGAGAAAUAUAUCAAUUAACAUGAUUUACAUACAGAA